AUGGCAAUAGUCAUCGGCAUCGUAAUCGGCUUAGGAGCCGCCUUCUACUUUACUCAGCCAGGUCAAGUCCAGAACGAGGAUAUUGUAAGAGAUAUAAAAUAUCAGAAGGAACAAAUCAAUUCUGAUAAGCUCACCUACGAAGAUGAAGAUUUUGUUGAAAUAAUCAACCUUUUGGAUGAAAAAUCCAAGGACAAGUCUUAUAAUGCUGUUAAAAGACGUUUCAACCAGAUCUCAAAUCCAGAUAAGCGUAAAUAAGAUUAAAGCAAUGCUGACCAAAGAGUAUAACAAUGGAAAGAAUAAGAAAAAGAGGUCGCUUAAAGAAAUCGAGCAUGAAAUCGACCUCUUCAACUCAGAUAGAGGGUCAAAAGACACUAUGAAGUUCUUUGGAAAGAUCUUCUGCGAACUCAUCAUGGUGGUUGUGGUAGUCACCGUAGUAUACUCUGUCUUCCUUGCCAAAGAGGACGAGAUGGAGAGGAUCAAAAACCUUGUGACUAUAUGGUAGGCAACCAAACAGUUUCAAUAUCUUCCCACAAACAUGGGGUUUUGGGGUUUUGG